CUCAUUUUAAUCAGGAAAACCCAGCAAUCCAUCGGUACUAGUUUCACAAGCCUACGAGAAAAUGAACAAAAACCGAAAUUUUCGUUAUCGCUUGACAAUUUCUUUGACUCACGGCGACCCUUUGAAGUCUAUCUCUACCUCGCUUUCUGCCAUUAGAUCUGUUUUCUAUCCUUUGGCUAGGGUUAGACGUCGAAUCUGCGACCUAGUGGGGUUCGUUUAAACGUACGCUAUCAAGUUUCGUUCGAUCAAAGCGGGCACCGUUGCUCGAAGUUCCAUCGCUAGCAGGAGCGUUCGUAAAGAGUAAGCGCGUGUGGACGGGGCUUUACGCUCGUCUGAGCGUCGUGUCCGUUCCCCUCUCGUCCCUGUAGGAUCCCCCACCCCGAUGGUCGGCGUCCAUCCCUUCAGUGGCUCGGCAGCGCGCGUUCGAUACACGGAAUCGCCUCGUGGUUCUCGGAAGGCAGUAGACUGUCGUCAGCCACGCCAGACGGCGCACUGCUCGCACACUCACUGCUCUUUCGGAGAUACUCGCCCACUGGCUCACCCACGGCUAGCUGUUACCUCGCUGUCGCGACCUCUCUCUCUCCGGCUGCUGGCAGCAGCAGACUCGGCUUAGCGGGCCGCCAGUUACGCAACAAUAACAACGCUGUCAGGAGGUGUAGCAUGCGCGUGCUGUGCCACCUAUACGCCGACGAACGACCCUGGAACGACGAGCUACCGAUUCGUCGUCGUCGCCGCCGCCGCUUCUGCUGUUACUGCCACUGCGAUCACUUGUUGAAAACCCGGUAGGAGAGCGCACAUCCGUUUCGCAACGCACGCCACACGCUACCGACGAUACUUCAUUUGGUGGGAACAGACUGUGGCGGACGGUAGUGGUGGCGAUCAAGGAGGAGCAUGGAAAGUGCGUGCAGUGCCGUCGAACGGGAAUUAUGUUGCAGGAAGAGUGAUGAGUUGUAACGGAGUAAACGUGGUGGGAAGCGAUUCAGAGUACACGGUGCGGUGCGAGUGGCGCGGAUCGACAGCUCGAUACGCGACACGCGUCCAGAGAUCCGAGCUUAUGGACGAUCGUGUCGAUUCCCUGACGAUCAGGCCGACGAUGAAUGAGCGAGAAAUCGUAACGCCACGGUGCAACACAGCUGUCCGCUCGGAGCGCCGUCCCUGUUGGCUCUAGACCCCCGACGAUCGCAACGAGGAAACUGAUUUCUGCCAGUACGGGGUAAACGAGGAAGAGAAAAAAAGAAGAAGAAACGGAGUAGGAUACUUGUUGAUGCGAGACCGCCCGAAAUACGGUUCCGCGGUGACGUCUUUGUCCAGGGGAUCCGCGCGAGAGGAGAGGAGGAUCGAGGAAAGAGAUCUAUCGUUCGGAGCGAGCCACGAGGUGCACGUCCGACAGAAGUACGCGAAGAAGUGGUACGCGAAAUACGUCGCGAUUAGGCGCCAAUGACGUCAGGCAAGAGUCGCGAAGACGCGUAAGAGUCGCAAGGGGAAUUCGUUUGUGGAGUUUGCGGUGCGUUUACCGACACGGUUCGAGCGUCGUUGUGUUGGGUGAUAUUACUGCUGGCAGUAGUAACCGUAGUAGUAACAACACCAGUAUCUGUCAGCAGUGUCGGUGAUGGUAACGGUUGUGUAGUGGGCUUGGUAUCGGUGUUGCCGAACAAGUAGUGGGGCUAAAGGAGACCCCGGUGUGGAAUUGCUGCGUGGUCCGUCGUGGUGGCCAAUUAUAUUUUCUACGUGUGUGCUUCGCGGGCAAUGACUAACUGCUCGCCGUUAAAUGUGUUAGUAGGAGAUAUCGUCGACGGACCCGUUUCUGCGUUGGUGUUGCCGUCUACGUCAGCACCGGUCGGACGGGAUUUGCAUAGCAAACAGAUUGACGCGCUGGUAAGUGGAUAACGAGAGAGGAGUCGCGACUCUGUGUCCCACCACGUACCAAAGAGAAAAAGAUAGUGCGUGUGCGUCUCUACGUGUUGGCCGUACGGGCUCCGUAAGAAAAGAAGAAAGAGCGAGUAGAGCCAAGAGACGCAGACGACGGGGCAAGUGUGGAGCUUAAAAUAGAAGAGUGACUUCGGCUUAAGUACAAGCCGGGGGGAACGGGCAAAUAAAGAGUAACCGGAGAGGGUGUCUCCUUUCCGAUUUUCUUCCAAACAAAAUGAUUAUUGUGCUUCUUCUGUGAUACGUUUCUAUAUCCGGCGGUAAUCGUGGCCCGUGGUCCGUGAUUCGAAAGCAGGCAACACACAUAUACACACAUAUAUAGUAUAUACGCAUAGGAUAUAGGUGAUAGAGUGAAACGGCGAAUGAAAACAAAUUUCGAACGGACGGGGAUCGGUUAUCGCAUCGGGAAAAUCGGUAGUAAGUGUUUCUGUGAUAACAACGUGGUGCAAGCAGGAGGGGGGGUGGAAACGAGCCGCGAUUCUCUCCCACCUAUAUCCCCCCCUCCCCGUCGGUCUGACAUCUUUUCAUUCUCCGCGGAGACUGCGGAUUAUUGUAAGAGAGAAGCUUCUGCAUCACGGUCUCUCCUACGAUGGAUCGUGACUCGCGUUCGUAUUCUUGCGGAGGCUGCGAGAGGACCGAGGGUCGAGCUAUGCCGAUGGAGUAACAAGUGAGCGGCGAAGCGGCGUUGCCAUGACGACAGAGACUCAUACUGUGGCGAUGACAGACCCACAGUUGUCGAACAAUAACAAUAAUAACAACAACAACAACAACGAUGGCGAGCCAAAGUACCUGCACAAAAAGUUCAAGAAGAUGGCGACGACGGAGGUUGCGCCAAAGCUGGAGCCAAAGAAGGACACCGCGGCCAACAACGGUUCUCCAGAGGCACCCAAGAAGAAGGAUUCGGCCAAAGACUCCAGAGAGUCGCUCAAAGAUCCGAUCAAGGUCGAGGCCUCUCCGGAACCGGGGGAUGGAGAGCCGACGGAGUCCAGGAAAAGCGGCUACGUGUGUCCUUAUUGCAGGCUAUCGUGCGCCAAGCCGAGCGUCCUGCAGAAACACAUACGAGCCCACACGAACGAAAGACCGUAUCCCUGCGUGCCUUGCGGUUUCGCGUUCAAGACGAAGUCGAAUCUCUACAAACACUGCAGGUCCCGUGCUCACGCCCUGAAGAUGGAGGGUGGCGAUGCCAGCAAGGUAUCGGAGGACUCGGACAUAAGCCUAUCCGACAGCGCGAGCAACGGAACCGGGACGCCGCCGCCCCCGCCAUCAUCGACGCCGACGUCGACCAUGUCCAGCAUAAAAACGAUCAGGACCGGGAAAAUCUACAAGCCAAAAUUCCACACGGCGCUCCAGUGCGUCAACAACGACACCGAAACGUCUUCCCUUUCAUCCGUUUCUUCCAAUAACAGUUCUUCCUCGACCGCAGCCGCCGGUUCCAAGCCCAAUCCAGAGCAAGUACAAGAGCACAUCGACAAGAUCAUCACCGAUAACCAGGCGAUCGUCGAUGCGGUGGACCCGCGUCUGCACAAGCUGAUGCAAAGGCAACAGAGUCUCGUCGAGACGAAACAGUGCGAUCAACCGUUGAAUCUCUCUUCCUUCGAGGAGUCCGCCUCGCGGAAACGAUGCUACAGCGAGAGCUUCGUCCGCGAGAGCAAGGACUGCCCGAACAGCUCGGACGGUUCGUUGAUCAAGGAUCUCCUACUGAACAAUCCGAACACGUGCCAAGAGGGGGAGAACGAGAAUUACCGGUGUUCGUCUUGCGGCAUGCACUAUUUGAGCAUCGAGGACCUCGAGGCUCACCGAAGAUACUCUUGCAAGGGCACCGCGAGUCCCCAUAGAGAGUGCCAACUGGACAUGGAGAGGAGAGAGUCCGAUUUCGAAUCGAAGUCUUCCGAUUAUUACAAUACGCUGCAACCCUUGCCCUCCCCGGGGCCGCUGUUGGGUAACACGAGGCUCGUGGACGCGUACGCGCCGCCCGCGAAGAAGCAACGCUCGGAGUCCGUGCCCACGACGCUGCGAUCGCUCGAGGAGUUGAGCAAAUACCCGCGACCGAAUUCGCUACAGAUGUUCGGCGGUGAGGUGAGGAUCCUGGACAACACCGGCGAGACGAAGACGAUGAGGAUCGAGCCGCGACAGACGAACUCGCCCACCAGCGAGCAGCACAUCGUGAGCAGCAAGUGCGUCACCUCGGAGACCGCGUCGAUCGUGGUUAGAUCGGGUCUCCAUUCGGGGGGUACGAUGGUGCACAAGCCACCGGGCACGCCAGCUAGCACACCCAGUUCCUCCAUAUCUUUGCCCAACACGCCGCAGAUGUUGGCGCCGAUCAUGCCGAACAUAUCAACUCCGAACAUAGCCCCCAGCAUGUCGUGCUACAAUUACCUGGAAACCCACCUGAACCCCCUGACCAGCAUCACUGCCUACAAUCCGUUGACGUUGCCCCAGCCGGGCAUCACGAAUAUCCUGCACGGCGGCAAAGUAAUACCGUACGUGCCCGGCAUGCCCGGGCCCCACACCCUCGCGCCAGCCAUAGACAUAUCUUCGAGCAUAGCGACGAGCAACGCCGGUUACAAAGUGAUACCAGGCUUGCCCGGCCUCCACAUGAUCCCCCAGCCCCUGGACCUCGCCAGUCCGGUGAAGAUACAAACACCAAGCGUACCUGGUAUUCCGGGACCGAUGUCCAGUGGACACGCCACAAUGAUGGGCCAGCCACUGGACCUCGCCAGCCCGGCCAAGGACUCGAAGCUCGGCUUCAAGACGCCCAACAGCGACGCCUCGAAGCCCGGGUUCACCAGUCCGAAAGUUCCUAGCGUUAAGAUUGAGACUUCCACGGACAAGUACCGCAGGGUGCCGCUCGCGGGGGAGAUCGCCAAAGUGGAGCUUGACCGUCAUAUCAAGAAUAGCGUGACCAUGAAGUACAAGGCUAUGGAGAGUCCGCGGGAGAGGCGGGAGUUCACGUACGACAGGAGCCCCAAAGCGGAGAAGUCGUUCGGGUACGCGAACGGCGUCGAUCCGGGCAACUCCUACAGCAAGCUGAGAUACUCGCCGAAGGAGUCGUCGUCCGAAAGCAGGAAGAGGCUGUCGACGUGGAACGUCAGCGAGCUGGAGUCCGGCAAGACGCCCGUUGUUGACCCGUUGGGGUACAACGCGGGUAAAUACGAUUCGCCGCCGCCCGUGGAGAACGGUCGCGUGAAGACGAGUUUCGUCGACAGCAGGGACAAGUCGAUCGAGAGCUACGGCGCGGUGAACGGCGCGAAAAUGAAGCCCGAUACCGUGGCGCCGAUGGUGCUCGGCAACUUGGACGGCUCGAAGACGGACGCGCCGAGCAAAGCUUCCGUAGAUUUAAUCGUUAAAGUAGACAAGCCCGAGGCGAGAUCCCCGAAGAACGGCGACGCCACCAAAGAGGAGAUGAACUCGAGCAAAUUUCUAAGGCCCACGUCGUUGCCGCUGAAACCUGGCACCUUCACGCCGAAGAAGCAUCACGGCAUCACGCCCACGGCGAACACGCUGCCGCUGAUCAGCCCGGAGACUCCGCGACCAAAGAAAUCCUACGGGCAGCUUUACCUGAACGGACACGCCUACACAUAUCUAGGCCUCAAGUGCUCCACCAGAGUGUUUUACUGCACCCUGAACCGACCCCAGCCGAUGUACGUCACCCAGCAGCACGGUUUGUCCAUGUACUCGAACUGGAAGAUAUGCAAGGAAGCGCCGCCCGACGUCGACAUGGCGCAUUACGAUUCGAGGCACAGGCCUCUAAAUUACACCACCGCCUCCAAGAAACAGGAGGACGUUUUGACGCAUUCCUCGCAGAGGCCCACCACGCCGACGAAUACCGACAAUGGAUCGGACGGCGACAUGCAGGAGAAAGCGAAGAGGGUCAAGAUAUUCGAUGGCGGGUUCGAGAGCAACGAGGACUACACCUACGUUAGGGGCAGAGGUCGGGGUCGAUACGUUUGCGAGGAAUGCGGCAUUCGCUGUAAAAAGCCAUCUAUGUUAAAGAAACAUAUCAGAACGCACACAGACGUGAGACCGUACACGUGCAAGCACUGUGCUUUUAGUUUCAAAACCAAAGGCAACCUGACGAAGCACAUGAAAUCGAAGGCUCAUUACAAGAAGUGCGUCGAGCUGGGCGUCGUCCCCGUCCCGACGUCGGUCUGCGACGAGAACAUCGACAAGGACGCCAUCGCCCGACUGGCCGCGGGUGGAAACACCGAGGAAUCCUCGGAGGAGGAGGACGAGAGCGACGGGGACGAGAGCGAGGAGUCAGGAAGCGAGGAACAGGAAGCUGCGCAGAGUCUGCUGAGCCUCUCUCAACGGAACACGAACCGAUUCCCAGGGCUGCUUCCGUCCGGAAGACCCACGACCUAUCCUUACACCCUGACGUUUCCAACGACCUCUACGUCGUCGACCGUGUCGGUGGCCGUAAGCAACUCGCCUCUGAGCAGCCAAGGCUGCGUCAGCACGCAGGCAACCACCCUCGUUCGAAACGAGUUGCCCUAUCGGUAUUAUUUCCCCUCGAGCCGCAGCGCUCCGGAGGAAUCGAGGACGACCGUGAUUCAAUCGUCCAAGAAGGAAACCGCCGACGUGGAAGUGGACGAGGUAGACGGGGAUUCGCAUAGCAGUUUGCCUCAACCCAUGGAUCUCACAACGAAGCCGGCUGUGCAACCCUUGCCGUCGCCAAUCUUGCAAAGGGCCAAACCAGCCGACAUUUUGACCCCCGUUUCCGAACCGGUGCUGCUCCAAACGAUCGUCCAAACGAUGGAAAGACUACCGAUACAGGGAAGGGAAUGGAAACCGGAUGCAGAGGGCCAUAUGUUGCAGGCGUAUCUGACCGAGAGGCACGUGAUGGACAGCAAGAUCAAGCAACAGUACCGGGUGGGGAACACGAAGAUGGACAAGCUUCCGAAGGACAGGGACUUCUACUUGAGGCAGUUGUCACCCAACUCGAGGAACAUGGAGCCGAACAACGUGUCCACGGUGACGUACACCGACCCUAGCAAGAUGCAACAGACCGUGAUGGACUCGAGGAUCAAACACGUGUCGAAGCACACCACGGACGAGAUCAAGAUGGAGAUCAGGGAGAAGAUUUAUCAGAACAACGUCGCGGUUGAUCGACGGUCCUUCGACAUCGAGUCGAUCCACAGGGAGAAGGAACAAGGCCGGACGAUCGUCGAGAGAGAGAAUUACGAGCACGGGUUGAUCAAUCCCGUCGGUUCGAAGACCAGCGUGGAGUACGGUAUGCCUAAGAGUAACAAUUGCGCGGAGAGGUCCAGCUAUUCCGUGGAGUCGCCUAACAGGAGCACGCCGCAGAGCGUGGACUGCCACUCGCCCAAGUCGUUCAACGCCGACGUCAAUAAUCGGCUGUUGUCGAUACCGCAACUGAACAACGACAUCGAGCGAAACUCGGUGUUCGGUUCGAUGAAGGCGAUGAACGAGUUGGAAAGGGCGCGGGAAUGUCACGCGACGGGUCAGGAAAUCAGGCAAACGGGUCACGAGAUCAGGGUCGCGACGACGGAUCACCGAAUGCAGAGCCAGAGUCCGCGUAACUUGGACAUGAGGCCGCCCAGCAGAGAGAUGCGUACACCGAGCCAGGACUACAGAAGCCAGAUGCAGGAAUUGCGGCCGCCCGGCCAGGACUACAAACUCUGCCGGCAAGAAUUGAGGCCCCCCAGUCGGGAGUUCAAGCCGCUGGUCCACGAUAUACGCUCUGGCCAAGAGAUGGUGGCCAUGAACAGCAUGGAGAUCAGACAGAGCAACGUGGACAACCGUCCGCCCAGCAGGGACAUGAUCCUGUUGUCGGAGUACAGGCACGCGCAGCCUCAGGAAUCGAGGGUGAACUUCGAGAUGAUGCCGUUGGCCAUGCACGAGGCCGCCAAGAUGCAAGAUGUCUCGAGGCCGCAGAUCGUGGACAUGAGAAACGUGGAUCGCGUCGAAAUGAAACAUCCGGAGAUGACGAAACAGAGUUUGGCCGAGAGCAUCAAGCACACGGUGGCGCGGAAAAUGGUCGUCGGAGGACCAGGUUUUAGAUCACCCUCGCCUACAGCAGGGAAUCUCAAACCGCAAGCAGAGUUCUUGCAGCCCUCCAGCGGACCUGCGCCCAACUAUGUUAGUUACAGUGUGACCGAAGAUGGGAGAAGCGUCUGUGGGAUUUGUAACAAGGUGUUCAACAAACCUAGUCAGUUACGGUUGCAUAUCAACAUUCAUUACUUCGAGAGACCAUUUAGAUGCGAAAGUUGCGCAGUUUCGUUCCGAACCAAGGGUCAUCUGACAAAACACGAAAGAUCUGUUUCUCAUCACAAUAAGGUCAGUAUGACUUCUACGUUCGGAGCAGCAACUACCAGCAAUCCUAGACCAUUCAAGUGCACCGACUGUAAAAUAGCGUUCAGAAUACACGGUCACUUGGCGAAACAUCUUCGUAGCAAGAUGCACAUUAUGAAAUUAGAAUGUUUAGGUAAAUUACCGUUCGGGACGUAUGCUGAAAUGGAGAGGUCCGGCGUCAAUUUGAACGACAUUGAUACUACCGACUGUGAUAAUAGUCUUACUAGUCUUCAGAUGCUGGCUCAGAGACUUUGCGAGAAGGAUCCUAGUAAAAUAGGGCAAUGGGAUUCGGAGGCGAUUCCAAGCCAGGUAAUCAGUGGAGGCGAGACUUCGUCGGACGAGGGUGAGCCAAUACCGCAGCAUGCGAUGCAUCCGUGCCCUGUAAAAGUAACAGCAGACGCAAAUAUGUCUCGAUCAUAUCAUGUGCCAAUCAUCGAAGAUCCAAAGUCUGAUGUUCACAUUGGGAAUUCACAAUUUAAGCAACAGGGACGGGAGUACGGCGUCAAAGAGAGGCCGAAUCAGCCCACAUUUCCGGUGGACGAUGUAAGGCCGGACGAAAGCAUGCAAUCAUACAAGUGCCAAAUUUGCACGGUGUCUAUGCGUACUAUGAACGAGUUACAAGUACAUUGUUUUGUUGAACAUAAUAUCGAAUCGGAGUCUAGUACAAAUAUACAUGGGGAUAGGGGUGUGGACAAGUGUAGAGAGAAAGAGAAUACUCAGAAGAAAGUUGCGGACGAGUCUGUAAUAAAGGAAGAUCACAAUAGACAAAAAGUUGAAGACACAUAGUGCCAAAAUGAUACAGUGAACCAGGAAACCAGCGGUGAAGUUGUUCGAACGAAUUCGUUGCCGUGCCGAUAAAAUAGUUGUAGUAAAUAUAUGCCAUCACGUUUCGAAGGAAAGCUGCCCUGAAUCGAGGAUGUUUUCCAACGCUCGUUGUUGCCAAUCGAGAAUUGUAAUAAUCUUCCAAGUAUUAAAAAGGUAAUUAUAACAGACUUCGUUAAACAAAAGUUGUGCGUUACGACGAUGUACAGCAAAUUUUGGUAGCAAUAAGAGUUUUGCUACUUUUACCAUAUAAAUCUGAUUUAUUUAAUAUUUUAGUUUGUGCAUUUACUGACCAGUAAAUCUCGUGCACAUCGAAAAAGAAAGAACUUUAUAUCUUCCUGUAUGAAAUUUGAAAAUUGAAUCAUCGAAACAGCGACACUUGACGUCUUAAACAUAUUUUUUAAAUAGCUACAACUUUAUUGUAGAAAGGGAAUCGGAAUUCUAUUUUUUUUUUAACAAUAUGUUUAACUGUUUUUUCAAUUUCACUCGGUAAUGUUUUGAUAAAAAGGUUGCCCUUUGAUUUAGUUUUAAUGUCAUGAAAAUUUAUAAUGUUAAGUUCAAAGAUCAGUCUUCCCUGUUAUAUGAAAUCUGUUCCUUUUGGUUCUGUUUUUAGUGUUUUGUAUUUAGUCUUUCCAAUAGACAUAAGGUUUUCUGUAAAUUGCUACAAAAUGGCGGUUUCACUCUUGUUCUUCCUGCAAAGAGACACAACAGACCAACCACAAAGAAAGUAUGAUCUUCAAAUUCAGCAUAAUGUGUACUGCGAUCCAACAAUAAUAAAAAUGUAUAUAUCGAUUUAUACCAGUAAAGCAUACAAAAUAUAGAGUAGAUAAUAUUUAAAACUAGUAUAUACCAGAAUACGCAAUGCGUUUCUCUAUUUAAAUUUAAUUAAAUAUUUCUUUUUUAAUUUUGUUGAAUCUCAUUUUUCUUUUUCUUUUUUUUUGUUUUAUUGUUAAUCAAUAUCGUUACUAAAGAAUCACAGAAAAGGGAUUUCCGUCUACGUACGCGUUCUUCACAUUGUUAUAGCAUUCAAUGCAAUAGAUGUUUAAUUGUUGUUCGUAUUGUUUAAAAAUACAUAAUGAUAACGUAUAUCCGAUAUCACCGAAUUCUCGCUUCCGAUUGUUGUUGUACCUCAAGGCCGGUGUUGAAAGUUCGAAUUUAAAACUUGUUGAGCUUCCCUUCGAAAUUUGAUGGAAUGUAACUUAUAAGAGCAUAGUUCUCAUACGUAGUGAAAAUAUGAUAUUUAUAUACAAUAGUCUUGUAUCAGCAUGAGGUGCAAUGGACUGGCAUGUGAUUCUGUAUUUAAAGUGCAACUGUUGCGUUCAACAUUGAAGAGUAUUCUAACAUUAAAAAUUAAUAUUAUAUCUUAAUUAUUGGUACAUGAAGUAUACACGAAACACGCGCACGCGUACACACAUACACACAAACAUUGAGCGAGAGAGGGGUGAGUCGGCAGAAACUAAAAUUAUAAACAUACCUGUUGGUUUCGGUGAUACGAAAAAAUUCACCUUGAAUUAUCAAAGAGUGAUAAUUCAAACCUUGAAAAAAAAUGAUUUUUUUUUACGUACUGUGCGUUGUUGCUUCGAAUCGAUCAUUUUCUUCUUCAAACCUCGGAUCACCGAAAGCAACAAGUACAUUUGCAAUUUUAGUAUCGGAUAACGCAUCCUGUAUAUACUUGUAUGAUAUUAGUAUGAGCAAUUACGAGAAUCAUUGUUGACAUAAGAGAAGAUGUGUUUGUAUAUAUUUAUGUGUAAUAUAAUGAAACCAUGUUAGUCUUUAUUAUAAUUUUAAGUGAUCCGUAAUGGGGAACAGAAUCGGUUAUUCGGUCAUUAUUGUACAUUUUGUUAAUUUCAAUGCAUCAUCUUUGUGCCCUGCAAUCCUCCUACUCGUCUUUCCGGGAUACGUAUGUAUUACAAUUCUUCAAAAACAGAGUUACAAAUUCGAUGGAAAUAAUUUCGUAUCGAUGGGGGAAAAAAAAGAAAUGUACAAAUACCGAUAAUUCAAAAUUCCAUCUUCAAUAUGUAUGGACGAACAUACAAACGCCCUGAUGCAAACGAAAAUAUUUUAUAACUUUGUGUACCAGUGCCAACAAAAAGUUCUGUCAGCUUAUAUGUACCAAUAUUGUUGUAAGUUAAAGGAUAA